CCUCAUUGCUCCACCGUGGGAGACCGGACCUUUCCAUUCCUCUCUGUGGCCAGAUUCUCCUGCCUGCCUUGGGCCCCUGUGUGGCCCCCCACCGUGUCUGCGAUUGAGCCCCAGCUUCUGCCUCCUGAAAAGCAACCAUGGCCACCUACAAAGUCAAGGUGGCCACGGGGACUGAUCUCUUAUCGGGAACAAUGGACUCCAUCUCACUGACCAUCGUGGGCACCCAAGGAGAGAGCCAAAAGCAGCUGCUGGACCACUUUGGAAGAGACUUUGCCACCGGGGCGGUGGACGAGUACACUGUCCAGUGCCAGCAGGAUCUGGGGGAGCUCAUCAUCAUCCGCCUGCACAAGGAGCGCUUCUCCUUCUUUCCCAAGAACUCCUGGUACUGCAACUACGUGCAGAUCAGUGCACCCAAUGGCCGCAUCUACCACUUCCCUGCCUACCAGUGGAUGGACGGCUAUGAGACUCUGGCGCUCCGGGAGGCUACAGGGAAGACAACAGCCGACGACACACUCCCAAUCCUCCUGGAGCACCGACAGGAAGAGAUCAGAGCCAAGCAGGAUUUGUACCACUGGAGGGUCUUCGUUCCUGGCCUGCCCAACUAUGUGCACAUCCCGAGUUACCGCCCCCCUGUCCGAAGAAACCCUAACCAGCCUGAGUGGAACGGCUAUAUUCCUGGGUUCCCGAUUCUCAUCAACAUUAAGGCCACCAAGUUCCUGAACUCCAAUCUCCGCUUCUCCUUCAUCAAGACAGCUUCCUUCUUUUUCCGCCUGGGACCCAAGUCAUUCGUUUUCAAAGUUCGUGGCCUAUUGGACAGAAAACGGUCGUGGAAGAGACUGAAAGACAUUAAGAAAAUUUUCCCUAUUACGAAAACUGUCAUCUCUGAGUACGUGGCCGAGCACUGGACAGAGGAUAGCUUUUUUGGGUACCAGUACCUCAAUGGCAUCAACCCAAGCCUGCUCCGCCGCUGCACGCAGAUCCCAGACAAGUUCCCCGUCACAGAUGACAUGGUGGCCCCGUUCCUGGGAGAGGGAACGAGCCUGCAAGAGGAGUUAGAGAAGGGAAACAUUUACCUGGCCGACUACCGCAUCUUGGAGGGCAUCCCCACUGUUGAGCUCAGUGGCCAGAAACAGCACCAGUGCGCCCCCCUCUGCCUGCUGCACUUUAGCCCGGAAGGGAACAUGAUGCCCAUUGCCAUCCAGCUCAGCCAGACCCCUGGGCCUGACUGCCCCAUCUUCCUGCCCAGUGACUCUGAGUGGGAUUGGCUGCUGGCAAAGACAUGGGUGCGCAAUGCUGAGUUCUACUGCCACGAAGCCAUCUCUCACCUGCUGGAGACCCACCUCAUGGCCGAGGCCUUCUGUCUGGCCACGCUGAGGCAGUUUCCCAUGUGCCACCCCCUCUACAAGCUCCUCAUCCCUCACACCAGAUUCACCAUCCAGAUCAACAGCAUUGGGCGAGCCCUCCUCCUCAAUGAGGGGGGGCUCUCUGCUAGGGGCACGUCCCUGGGCCUGCCGGGCUUUGCUGAGGUGAUGGUGCGGGCUCUGUCAGAGAUCACCUACGACAGCCUCUACCUUCCCAAUGACUUCAUCGAGCGUGGGGUUCAGGACCUGCCGGGAUAUUAUUACCGAGACGACAGCUUGGCAGUGUGGGACGCGCUGGAGAGGUAUGUGACGGAGAUUAUCACCUACUAUUACCCCUGUGACACAGCCGUGGAAAGCGACCCAGAAUUGCAGUCCUGGGUGCAGGAGAUAUUCAAGGAGUGCCUACUGGAGCGUGAGAGCUCAGGCUUCCCCACGUGCUUGAAAACUGUUCCCGAGCUGAUCCGAUAUGUCACCAUUGUCAUCUACACCUGCUCUGCCAAGCACGCAGCUGUCAACACAGGGCAGCUGGAGUUCACUUCUUGGAUGCCCAACUUCCCGUCAUCCAUGCGGAACCCACCAAUGCAGACCAAAGGGCUGACGACCCAGCAGACCUUCAUGGACACAUUGCCAGAUGUGAAGACUACGUGUAUCAUCCUGUUGGUGCUCUGGACCCUGAGCCGGGAGCCAGAUGACAAGAGGCCCCUGGGCCACUUCCCCGACAUCCACUUCGUGGAGGAUGUCCCGAGGAGGAGCAUGGAGACCCUCCGCCAGCGCCUGGCCCAGAUCUCGCACAACAUCCGCCAGCGCAACAAAUGCCUCCCUAUCCCUUACUACUACCUGGACCCGGUGCUGAUUGAGAACAGCAUUUCUAUCUAGGAUGGCCCUCCCCACCUGCCUGUUUUCCAAAAAAAUCACU